AUGGAAGGUGAAGAGAACUUUGAACAGAAAUCUCUCGUUUUUACAGAAGGCUCAAAUGAAUCCUUGACGAACGUGUUGAAUAUGACGAAUUUUUCUUUAUUAUCUUUGACUUCAGAAAUUUUGGCUGAAAUUUGUGAAAAUCUUUCACCCAAAGAUCUUUAUACAUUAACCAGAGUUUGUAAAAAGCUUCGUCAUUUUUUGUGGGCCACUUCUGGUUUUACUCAACAAAUCUGGCGUAAUUCUAGAAUAUCAAUGACCUCGCAAAAAUCUCCACCUAAAGGCAUGAGUGAACAACAAUAUAUUUGGUUGAAAGAAUUAGGCACUUCAUGCCAGGUGUGUAGAGUCCCUGUAAAUAAAUUUGAUCGAUGUUUGGUCUGGGAGUUCAAACGAGUAUGCUGCAGUUCCUGUUUGUCAAGAGAAACCAAAAGCUCUGAAGUUUUAAAAAAUCAGAUUCCUGAAAAUGUACUUUCUUGUCUUCCCAAUAUCGAUAAUAUAAAACCUCUUGAUUUUGCUGAAGCUUGCCUUGUCACUUACACUUUACCUGGUAGUCGAUGCGAAAAUUUGUAUUAUUGGGCUUCCGAUGUUUACAAAGCCUAUAAUGAAUAUAAAACGUUGAAUGAAAAUGAGAAAGAAGAAUGGAUCAAGAAUAAAAAAGCAGAAGUCGAUGAAUUUAAUCGUGAAAUUGAGGAAAUUAAAGAGAAAUUUAGGACUGAAUGUCUUCAAAGCUUAGUGAG